GCUAGCAACAGUGCAAGCUUACAACCAAGGAUUGCAUACAUGAAGGCGCUUUCACCAUCAUCCUAAAGGGUGGUUGCGCUUGCUGGCGUUUGCGCAAAACAGCAUCGCCCUUUUGAGAGCAGGAGCAAAAGAGAGAGGGAGAGAGAGAGAGAGAGAGAUGCAAGUGAAAUUACAGAUACACACACACACGCACAUAGAGCAAGCAACCAGAAAUGGGGCUGGCAAAGCUAGCCAGAACGGAUCCAUCCACCGUGCGGGUUGCAUACGUUCAGGCGCCCAUUCAACCGGUUGCCCCUUUAGGGCAACGAUUUUUUUGUUCUUUUUUUUGUUACGGUUGGACCUAACCAGAAAAAAGUGAUUUUACAUUAAAUUUGUUUUUUUUUUGGGGGGGAAAAUUGGUGUUUUAGUGUACUGGCAAAAUAAGUUAGAAAUUCUUGUCUCCAAAAUGGCAGCAGUGAAGAAGCAGUUUGCAUCCGUGUGCAUCGUGCUGGAUGCUGUGUGUAGCGUGCGUGCGUGUGUUCUUGCACACAAAAUUGGUGCAAUCGGUGGAAUCGGGAGUUCUUCUGGUGUCGGCUGUUGUACUUUUUUGUUUGGUUCUAUCUUUGCCUUGCUUACAAUCAUUAACCUCGUGUUUUGUGGUGCUUUCUGGUCUGCUCUUAUUCGUUACAGCUUUUAGUAGCUGUGUUUAAACCGCCGUGAAGUUGGUCAGCAUCGGUCAGCAUUGAUCCGACACACACACACACACACACAGUCAUACCAUCUGCACCCAUCCCAUCGUUGGGAGUGCAAUUCUUGUUGGGUAGCGUGGCUUUCCAGAGCGCAGACGUGUGCACUAAAUUGCACAUCUGCCUCUGUAUAGGUGUGUGUGUGUGUGAGUGCUGAAUGUUCGCGAGGAGGAGUAUGCCAUUUUUGUCUAGACACGCCAUCACGAUGCAACUGUCCGCGGACUGCAGGAGCACGGCAGGUUCGAGGACAUCGUCAAAAAUACGGCAUCAAACGCUGAAAAGCAGCCACAAACCCGAUCAACUGUUUGAUUUUCUAUAUUAUUCGCAGCCAUUUGCGCCGUCGAGAACAUCCCGCCGAGUGUCAGCAGCAACUAUCCCACCAUCAACUGCAUCCGUUACGAUUUGCUGGCGUUGUACAUCCACUAUUAGCUGUCAGCUAUCUUUCUCAACAAUAUCCAUCUUUCAAACCUGAAGAAUCUGCUCUGCACGCCAACCCCUUACUAACAUUUGGCUCUCUCUCUCUCUCCCCCUCCCUCUCUUGCAUUCUUCCCCUUAUCGGUCGUAGACGAACCUGGUAAUGGGUCCUCCUCUUCAAGGGCCGGUUCCACCUCGAUCCAUCCCCUGUUCGGGGGUGGUGCGUGCCGUUGGCCCGGCUGUGAGCGGGUGUUCGACGAGUUCGAAGACUUCUACAGCCAUCUCCAUUCGGACCACAUCAACGGUGACUAUUCCGCAGCGCAGGCACGCAUCCAGAUGGAGGUGGUAUGUCAGCUACACCUCCAGCUGCAGAAGGAGCGCGACCGGCUACAGGCAAUGAUUUUGCAUCUGAACAAGAAGAACGAGAUGCUGCGUACACCGGCCACCCUGUUCGGUGGUUCGUUUCUGUCGCAGCUGCCCGCGAUACCACCGCUACCGACCACUGCAUCACCGGCCGCUACCGUACCACCAACCGGUCCGUUCGAUCUGAUCGCCGGGUUGCGUUUUCCGGCCGAACAGCUAGCGGCAGAUAUGGUGCAGGGUGCAUUUGCGGCCCGCCUACCCCACCAGCAGCAGCAUCACGUCGGGAUCGGGUCGUCGACAGGUUCGGCCCAUCACCAUCUGCAUCAUCACCAUGGUCCACAGCAGCAGCAGCAGCAGCAGCAGCAGCAACACCAGCAACAAUCGUCUCUACAUUCGCUUUCGCCACCGGUACCGGGUAUGCAUCACGGUACGGGACCUACGCCCACAUCCGGACCGGCUGGAAGUACAGGGAAAUCUUCCAAAGGUGGGGGCGCUGUACGGCCCAAGUACUUCUCCCCGCAGGACAGUGAUGAGCUUAACUAUCCGGAUGUACAGGAUGAUGUGCACAAGAAUAGAGAGUUUUAUCGCAGCCAUGAUGUACGUCCACCAUUCACGUAUGCGUCACUCAUCCGUCAGGCCAUCAUCGAAUCGCCCGAAAAGCAGCUAACGCUGAACGAAAUCUACAACUGGUUCCAGAACACGUUCUGCUACUUCCGACGCAAUGCCGCUACCUGGAAGAAUGCCGUACGGCACAACCUGUCGCUGCACAAGUGUUUCAUGCGGGUGGAAAACAUAAAGGGCGCCGUAUGGACGGUGAACGAAGCCGAGUUCUGUAAGCGUCGCCCCCAGAAGCUUGGCAUCAUGCAGUUUAAGUUCCAGCAGCAGCAGCAGCAGCAGCAGCAACAUCAUCAACACCAUCCCAACCCGUCGCAAUCCGGCGGUGGACAUCAUCACGGCAAGAAGAAGCAGACGCCACCGGCAGCAGCACUACCUGCGUCGCCCGCAUCUCCACCACACCCGGCACCGACGCACCACACGUUGCCGGAAUCUCCCCGUGCCGCCAUUGUGGCCAGUGUUGCCAACACGCUCAAACCACCGCCACCGCCAUUCUUCUACAAACGGUUCGUUUACUUUGUUAAACUAUCUCCUCCACUUUCUCUCCCACUCCCCCUCCCUUUCCUGGCAUGAGGAUAAAAAUCCAAAAAAACAAAAAGUGUGAUUUGUUUGCUAUUCGAGGGCUCAUUAGUGCCUGUAGGAUAAUGACUUGCCCCCGGCGUAUGGUUGUUCGCGCUACCACGAGACUUACUAACCGCCAUCACCGUGCGUUUGAUUGUGGUUCGUGUCUCGAUGCUUCUAUGCGUGACAGCUGACGCUAUACUUGCUACUGUGUCCCACCGACUGACUGCUUGUGCUUGAGUAGGGGUAGAACAAUGAACUCUGCUCUCUUUGGCCACCCGUUCGAUGGGCGGGUGCAACCCACAGGACAGAGAGUUCAUGUGUUGGGGCUAUCUCUCUUUCUCUCCGUCACACACACACACACACACACACACGGGCAUCACCAGAACGCAAUACGUACCAAUCUGUCGCUGCACAAGUGCUUCGUACGGUAUGAGGACGAUUUCGGUUCGUUCUGGAUGGUGGAUGAUCACGAGUUUCUCAAGCGCCGCCAUCUGUCCCGCGGCCGGCCCCGGAAGUACGACAUCUCGAUGCCACCGCUUACCGACCCCACCACCGGUGCGCCGGUGUCCGCCCGCCCGCCUACCACCACCUCCACCGAACCGCCGAUCUCUUCCGGUGAGCAUGAGCUGCACCACGACGAUCCAAUGGCGGCCGGAAGUGGGGAGGGCGUGUACGGCGGUUCGGACUACACCGGUGGUCAGUGUACCGGGGUCGGUGAGACGGGUGGCAGUGGUGGUAGGCCGGCCGUACCCGCUACUGAGAAAGAGCUCCACACCAUAUCCACCAGACGUCCGGCGGGGACGAAGAAGUCCGACUACAGCAGACGGUAAACGAAGUCGGAGUGUGUUCUGUCGUUUGGUCCUGUUUUCCCAAUAUCCCACGUUUCCUUGUUCUUUAACAUGCUUUUUUUCUAUUGCUCUAUUUUAACUUCACCAACACGGGAGGACAUGUGGGGAAGGUUUUGUUGGGUCACACUUGGCUGUACACCAUCGGAGGCAAGCUAUAUUACGCACCUUCCUCUAUUUUCUCCAUAUAGCGAUAGCGGACGAGAGUACGAGCCGCCAACGAACUCCAACAACGAUUGCUCAAUGGUUAGACGCCGAGAUCUUACUAUCCCAUAGGUUUCUUAUAUGACAUAAUACUCCUCUUGAUGACUUAAUGACUUACAAACAGGUUAUCAUGGGUUCUAGGUUCCGCGUGUUUUUCUCUCUCCAUUAGGCAUCUUCUUUUGCAGGUCCACUUCUUCGUGGUGAAAAUCACACCCAUGGUCUCAACAAGCAUCGGCUCAAGGACCGUAGGCGGUUUGGUAGUCUGAUUCAUUCCACCACAGCUUAUGUCCAAAUAAAGUGAUAGAGGGGACGUUGAAGCAUUUCCCGGUAUAAUCGA